AUGAAGCGUUUGGUGGUGUUCUUCUGUUCGGUGGCUCUAUGCCACUCCCAGUUCGCGCAGGGCCAGUACAACCCCUUCCAGUAUAACGCUGGAUAUGGGACAAACUCACGAUUCCCAUCUUUUCCUGCCCGUGACUCUUUCGGUGCCAACAGGGGUUUCGAUUUGUUUUCUUCGAAUACGCUGAACAACAACAACUUCUUCAGACAACCCCAACAGCCACAAAAUGGAUUCCAGACAGCGAGCCAGAACGCGUACAGCUCGUUCUCGGGUUUCCCCUUCACAAGUGGAACCUAUAACGCUCAGAAUCCUGCUCAAUCCUCAAACCCCUUGUUCUCAACGCCCGCAAACCUCAACUACCUUCAACCUCAGUUCAAUGCGGCGCAACAGACCUAUCAGCAAACAUUCCAACCGCCUGCUCCUCAAACAACGUACCAAGCGCCUCCUCCCCCACCCCCGCCACAACAACCAGCAUACCAGCCACCGGUCCAGCAGCAGGCGUACCAAGCUCCAGCCCCAGCGCCUUACCAGGCCCCAUAUCAGCCACAGCCGGCCUUCCAGCAGCCGACAGCUCCGCGAUCCGCGCCCUACGUGAAUACGGCUCAGCUCUCAUACAACGCUGCCGCGCCCGCUCAGAACCCGGGUAGUUCGAAUCUACCCUCCGGAUCCUCGCCCACGGAUAAGCCCGCUGUGUACCAUCCCCCUGCUCCGGUGCAUUACGUGAGCAUCGGUCAGAAACUCGAGGGGGACUACAAGUUCGGCUACGAGACCGGUAAAGGAUCGAAUGGAGACGAGUCCUUCAGGUCGGAGACUAGAGACGCCGACGGAACUGUCCGGGGGUCGUACGGUUAUGUGGAUUCUAACGGCAAACAGAUCACGGUUCAUUACGAAGCCGGUCGUGAAGGAUUCAAAAUCUUGUCUGAAGACGAAGCCAAGAACGGGAAGCGCCCCGCCCCUCCACAGCAACAAGGUCCGGCCCAACAACUCCCGCAACCCCGUUCUCAACCCGCUCCCCAACCCUCGUCCGAGAGCUCAGCUCCUGCCCCAGCUGCCUCGAAUGAAUCAGCCCAGUCGUCUCCUCAGAGAAGAAGGUAUAGUUCCGAGACCCCGGCUUCACCGUCAGCGAAUCUGGCCGUCUCGCAGGUUUCACCAACGGAAUCAACGACUUACGGCCCGCCGGUUAUCGACGUCAAUCAGCUUAGCUACAAUAUCGGGACUGGUUGA